CGACACGACAGGAAAACAUUCCGUAUGUUUUAUCUUCACGUUCACUUCAUAAUAGAGUGUAGUAGGUAAAUGUGGUAAUCUAACAUAGCAACAAUGCCACUUAUAUUAGUAUUAUUCGCGUUAUUGAUCGUGUUCUUUGUCGUAUUUUUUUUCGUUAUUUUUAAAUUUGGAGAUGUGAAAAGCAAAAGCAAUGUCUGUUUAAUCAACAAAACCGCUGUGGUUACAGGAGGAAGUUCAGGUCUCGGAUAUCAAAUCGUACUAAAAUUGGCAUCAAGAGGGUGCAAAGUUAUAAUAGCAGAUAAAAUAGUGAACAUCGAUAUCAAAAAUUCGAUCAUAAAUGAAACUGACAACUCCAACAUAGUCCUGGAAUAUGUAGAUUUUGGUUCCUUCAAAUCAGUAAGACAAUUUGCAGAAAAAUUAAAGAAAUCCGAAGAAAAGUUGGAUAUUUUAGUGAACAAUGUCGGCAUUGGAAAGUGCUCUGAUACACCUACCGAAGAUGGUUUGAAUUUGACCAUGCAAGUUAAUUAUUAUAGUACAUUUUUGUUAACAUAUUUACUAGUAGAUCUCUUAAAGAAAUCGAAACAAGGUAGAAUAAUAUUUACUGCCUCUGUAGCUUCUUUUAUUCACUUGAUGUUUUCAAAUACAGUAACAGCAAAUGAUAUAAAAAAUCCACCAUCGUUUCUUAGAAUUUUCGACUACGCAAACGCAAAAUUUUGCACCGUAACUUCCUCUAGGAUAUUUGCUGAAAAAUUGGGGAAGUGGAAUAUUACAUCGAACGCGUAUCAUCCGGGAAUUGCGAAGACUAAUAUAUGGAAUGGAGCAAGAAUAGCCUCUGUUGGUAUCUGGGAAACGUUCAUUUAUUACUUUGGUAUACAUCUAGUACCCUCGUUUUUUGGUAUCACAGCAGAUAAGGCUUGUCAAGCUGCCGUGGAGAUGGCAAUAUCUAAAGAAUUCGACAACGUCACUGGAACGUUUUUCGGAAAAUAUUUUCCGAAUUUGAUGCCCAGAUCAGCCAACAACACAAAACGCUGUUACCAAAUUUGGCAAGCCACAGAAAAAAUUGUCGGGCUUAAACCAGAAGAGAUUUUAGAAUAACAGUGCUUGUGAAACAAAAAAUAAAACAAGAUGUGAUAUGUUUUUGAAUUAAAUUAGUAUCCUGGACAAACAUUAACAGAACUUUUGAGUAGUUAAGUGCAGCACAGAUACAGGUUGCAGUUCAGAAUAUACUCAUGGGGAAGGGUAACUGUUAUUUUUGGGAAAAAAGCAUUAUUUAUGUACAAAAUAGAUAAGUAAUUUAUUUUAGAUAGAGAAAUCUUAAAAUUAUCAUUUACAGUACACACCAACUUUCAUGUUGUUUGUUCUCUUCUGUUACAAAUAUUUAUUUUCUAAUAUUCAGACAUGCUACAGCAACUGCGAACAUGAAAAAAUUUCCAAAUCCAAUUGAUUAUUAGCCGUUCUUCCUAAGACCACAAAUCAAAAUCACAUGACCAAUGAUUUCACCCAAAGGCGAAAUCUAGAGCUGGACAGUACUCGAGUAAAUUGUACUUACAGUUCAUCAAAUUUCUAGAGGCUUUCGACGGCUAGACAGAGAAAGCGCUACUGACAGGCAUCCCGACGGAUUUACGCAAUGAAAGUACACUCUGCGCAUCAAGUAUUUCACUAUUUCAUUCAGACGUAAAUGUCAGAUGUAAAUUUCGCUAAAACAUUUCUUUUAUUUUCGUUUGUGUUUUUUGCUCAUUACAGUUUAAUAGAACCUAAGUAUGGAGUUUAAUAGCAAAUUAAGAGUGAUUAACAGUCAAUUAAGAGUGAUUAACAGUCAAUCUCGCGAAAUAAUAGCCAAUGUUAUAGAGUUUAUGAGAAGAGAAGGAAACUUUAAUUCACCUUCAAUACCAUUUAAAAAUGUAAAUGAUCGUGUUGCUGCAGCCACAGGAGUAUCUAAAAACACUGUCGUCCGCAUUUCUGGAGAGAAAAAAAGAAUCGAUAACCGUGAGAUAUCGGAAUUUUCAUCACCAAGAAAAACCAUUAAAAAACCAAAAACAGUUAAUGAUAUAGAUGAAGCUGCACAAGAAUCAAAUUUUAUUUUUUUAUUAUUAGAUAGCUAUUUUUGUUUCUGAGUUGUGUUCAUUUACAGGCUCAAUUUUUUUCCGUUUCUCCUUUUUGAUUUUAUAUGGGGUUUCAAGUUGUUUUUGACUUAUUUCGACGUAAAUCACAACAACACACUUUUUUAAUAAAGCAAACAAGUGUUAAGAGGUAUAUGUACAUGUAAACUACAAUUACAAAAAAUUGAUAUGAAACCCAUGAAACUACCAACAAAAAUGUAAAGCUAGCUUCCGUACUAGAACAUGGUGUCAUUCGUCGAGAUAAUUUAUCGUUUUGUUUAAUAGAUCAAGAAAUGUAAAUAUUCCCCUGUUAUUUUUUAUAAAAUUAUAAGAGAAAUAAAUUUUUUUCUAAAUAGUAUAGUUUAUUAUUUUGUAGAAAAACAAAAUUUCGAAAAUUUUAGUAAUGUUUCAGAAACAACCGUUAUUAAUAAUAGGUACCAUUUUCCUUAAUAAGGUAGAAAUAAAAUAUAAAUUAUUUACACGAUUUACAAAGGCCUACAAAAAAACUAUAGGUAUUUUCCGCUAUCCUAUAAAAUUUAUAUUUUCUGACUCAAUUUCAAAAGGUUGAAGGAAUUCCAAAACACCUUUUAUGGCAUAAUAAUUAUUUUCAAUUCUACAUACUAUCUUUAGCUGCUUUUAAAAACGUUCUAAGAAAGUCCAAUCAGACCAAUUUAAUCCCUAAACUAUUCCACACUUUUAAAAUUUAAUUACCUAAAAAUAUUAAAAACAAUUUAAAAUAACUUGUUUAGCAGACUGUACAAUAGCUAUCUUAGUCACACGUAGCGCGUUCUCUGUCUGGGCGUCGAACACCUCUAGAAAUUUGAUGAACUGUAAGUACUCAAAAUACUCAUUAAUUGGAAAAAUUUCGAGUACUUUACGUUUUAAAAGACUUAGUACUUCUGAUUCAUACAACUGACAAGUAACGAGUAUGAGUACGAGUAGCGACGCACGAAUAGAUAAAGGCAAAGCUUAUGUUGUUUGAUGUGUCUUACAUUGCAUUAAUUAAGCCAUCGAAUAUGUACAAAAAGUAUAUGUCAUUAGAUUUUUUAUGAGAUAUUAUAAAUUGCUUAAGGUUGUGAUAAACAUGAUUGAUUAUAU